CAACUCUAGAGAUAGAUUCAUGCUGCCAGGUCCAAAACAAAAGGGCAUCCAAGGUCUGCCAAUAUAACUUGAUUUCCUGUUGGAUAAAGGGGCGGGAAGUAUUCCUAGAAACAACAAAACCAGCACAACCAGUUAAUACUCACAGGCUACAUCUGCUAUUAUACAUGUAGGGACAGCAGUGUAGUUAUCUGAGGAGACAGACUGUUCUUCAAACAGUUUUGGACAGGUUGCGUAGGAUGCAAAUGUUGCCGAGUGACUAAUUAUAGAGUAACCAGAUUCCAAACACUGAUGGUUCUUGAUGUGCCCCAGUAACAUCCUCUCAAGUUACAGAAAUGAGCUGCCAUUUUUCCGUCUGGGGAGUUUUGGCCUUUCUGAGCUUGGCUCUGAUUGUUUCAUUGAUACUGAACAUUUCACACUAUAUGAAAAAGAAGCAAGCUAAAAUGUAUAAAGAAUAUGAAGACAACAGUCCAAGCUAUGAUGACUAUUACACAGAAGAUGACCCAGUUUAUGGCAAUCUCAAUCAAGAUAUUUUAGAGGAAUGUUGUUAUGAGCAGAUGAAGUCCCAGCCUCAAAGGCCAGUUAACCAACUACAGGUGGAGUCUGCCAAUCAGAUGUGUUAUGCCUCACUUGAUCACAGCAUCAAGGGAAAACGCAGAAAACCAAGGAGAAAGACAGACCCUUCAUUACAGGGGGAUGAAGAAGAAAGGUCAUCUAAUCCCACCACGGUGGCUUCCAAAGUUAGCAUUUACCUGAAUAGUGAGCAGCUGGCUGCUGAAAACACAGCAGCAGAAGCCAUUCAUGACGACCCCAUCAGAUUAAUGGGUUUGAUUCAUCCUACAAAAGGAGAGAACAUUUGAAGUAGCUUCAUGAACCAAACAAUCAUGUAAUCAUAAAGCAAGAUCUACUUGUUCAUUCUGGAGGAACAAUGAACAAUUAGAGAUAAUAUCCUGGCAAAAUGACAUACCAGACAAUGGUAUAAAAUGGGUAAGUGUUCCAAAGUGUCUUCCAAACACAUUUAGAGAAUAAGCAAGAAAUAAGGUCCAGACUGCCACUUUGAAGGACCUACCCUUCUGAAGACAUUUUGAAAGGGAGUUGUAGAAGCUGGUAUCUCAGCAUUCGCAUCGUAUUGAUUCCAGUAAAAAUUAAUCCUUUGUUUAAACUUUCAAAUAGCCCCAAAAGACCCACUCUGUUAUCUGUAGAGCUCUAGCAGAGUAGGACUGCUAGAGUUAUAUAGGUUUUAACAAUACUUUUGGAAGGAAAUCAUGUUUCAUAAUUGCACAUUUGAUGAUUUAGUUGUUUUCCCAAUUAAAAACUGAUCUGCUGUUCAACAUCUUGUGCUUUCCCACUGUGACUGGUCUAUGGUAAUAACACAAUAUAUCUAAAGCUAAUUGGAGAACAAUUUAACAGCUUGUUUAAAGUAGCAAUUGUACAUCUCACAAGAUUUAACAAUAUCCUUAUACAUCCUUGUUUCCUUCUGCGAGCAAUACCCAAAUACAUCUCAAAUCCCAACUCCUCUACUAAUGCAACAUCGGAUCCAGCUGUAUUCAAGAAUCAAAAAGAUAUUGGCAAAUGAUCUGUAACAAUAAAUCUCCUAGGGAGGAUUUUUUUCCUUCUAAUUUUCUAUGCAAUGCUUAAAUUCCUAUUGUGGUUUACAUUGCCAUUAUUACCAACUAUUUUACAAAAGUAGAGUUUUUUAUUUCCCCAAAUAAUUCAGAUAUUGUGCACAUGCAUCUUGAGACCUUAAACUCAACAGAUGGUAAAUUUGUAUAGAAUGGGGAUUUACUUUUAUAUUCUGGGACUCAUUAAUUAGUAGCAGCAGGAAACAACGUAGUAUGCCUACCUUUAGGUGUCAGAUAGUCCUGCCUUCUCAAAAAAAGGACAUUAGUGCCUUUAAAAUCCACAGAGAGCACAGUGUCAAGGAGCUUGAAACUCUGAAGCACAUAGAGCCCUGCAAGUGUUUCACAUCCUGAAGGAGACAGCCCUCAAAGUAGUUACAAAAAACCAAAACACUCAUAGUACAAAGAGCCAACACCUCCUCUAAAAGCAGAAGUGGACGGACACCUCCAGAGACGGGAUGAAUUUAUGAAGGGGGAAGAACAAACAAUCAAUGGAAAAGAAACAGUUGACAGUCUGGUUCAUAUUUAGUUUAGGUCAUAGUUAAAUGAGUCUCUUUAAUGAGCCUUAACUUCUGUGCUAAACCAAAAGGAAAAGGGGUCAACCGCUGCAGGCAAAGCUGCCCAGCGUCACUGUCUGUCUUGUGCUAGCACUUGCUUUUGUGUGCACACAUCAAGUCAACAUACGUUUGCCUGUUACACCACCGAAACAAGGCAGGGUUGAAUUAAAGUGACCGCCUUCUCAUGGUCCUAGACCAACUCCCACUGGGUAAGCAAAAAUAAAAACUGUUACAGAAUUGAAAAAAAAAAACCCACUUUAAUUGAGAACCAUAUUAAACAAUAAUCCUGACUAAGACCCUGAGGAGGGAGAGGAGGAAAGCGGAUCCAAAGCUGAACACCAAGAUAUGAGCGCUUGAUGUUCCAACUUAAUUUGAUUAGAUUGGAAGGUAGUAUACUUUGUUCCAUAGUAGGAACAAAAUAAAUAAUAAAAUACAUAUCAAAAUACUCUUGCUUAGACUCAUAUCAAAGCUGUUUAAAGAGCAUUAACAUGAGAAAUAUUUAUAUAAAUAUUCAUAUCAAUUUACCUGGCACCAACUGGAUGCAAUACUCAGCCCUCUGAAAUGAUUAAAAGAAAAAGCUUUCUUAAACAAUCUCUCAAGCAAAUAAGCACAGGUCCAAGAGCUAUUCGUUACUAUUUUCCAACAUACAUACAAUUUCCGUACAGUUUGUACAAGAUUUGCUAUUUCCCAGUUUUCUCACAGCAUCUGCACUCUGAUUAUGCCUUUCCUCUAAAACUUCCAAAGACAAAGAGCUUCUAUCUAUGAGUUACCUAAAUUCAACCUGUUAUUUCAGCCUGGUCCUUAAUUUAAUGGAAAUGAACACCACAUUUCUCUCAUUGAGUGUACAUGUACAGUGAGUCCCCUUCAUGGGCUUUAGGUGCAUCUAGUCUCCUCUGUAUUCUUAGUCAUCAUUAUUUAGUCCAACUAUUUAUUCACACCAAUUUUCAGCAGUUGCUUUCCCUUGCAACAUAAGCUUGCUAAAAGAGCAGGGCACUUUUGUAAACA